AUGGCACUUCGUGCUUUUCUAGUUUUCUUCCCUCCUUAUCUCUCACAUUUCAGAAAACUGACUUUUAGGGCAUCCGACUUAUCUGAAAUAGUUAUUAAAGCCAACGGGGCGCUGUCAGUCCAAACGAAUAAAUUGACAUCCCCGAAGGCCUUGAUUACAGGUACGGCCGCCGACUCCUAUUACCUUGAUGAGAACAAGUGUUUCAUCCCUAAAACGGCAUCAGAGCGCCAUUGUGUAGCGCACUUCUGCAUUCCCCCUGGUAAAGGGCCACUGGAUCUUCAAAAUAUAGAAAACAACUCUACCCAUAUUUGGUCCGGAGGCCCUGUACUUAUGCGGGAUACAAAGGUUGAUCAUCUUGCCUUAGUGUCCACUUCUAGUGUUGUACUCGAGAAGCUCGCGAGCAAAACUAUAAAGCUGGAUAUCAAGGGCACACUCCGUGCGGAUCUCAUCAAGUGCCAAAGCGCGGAGAUUUCACUAGUGGGACCGAGCGUCAGCAUCCAGGCUAUUUACUGCGAUGAACUUACCUUAAUCGCUUCUGCUUCGCAUUGCGAGACUGCCCUAACCAAAAUUGACAUAGGAAGUGCCCAUGGCUUUAUAAAAAUCCAGUUGGACGACCUCUCGGACUGUUUAAUCGGUAAUCAGAGAAAAUUUGCCAUCGACUGUCUUUAUCAGGCUCCCUUAAAGGUUGCCUGGAGCAUCGUCAGCGAUUGGGAAAAUUAA